UCACACUAGUAUCAAAAACCAUCUCUUUCUUUUUCUUCUUCAUUUCCUUGCAACAUUACUUACAUUCAACAAAAAUGUCAUCACUAGACGAAUUUUCGAGAUCAGUCGACAUGGGACUACGUCUUGCCAAACGAAUAUACUACGGGAAAGACGGCGGUCCUUCCAUGAUGUCGGCUCCAAAACCGCUUUCCAUGGAAAAAUCUUUAUCCAAUUCUUCCUCGGCUUCUGCAUAUCGUCUGCCACAAAACCAUCAUCAUCCUACUGCACCAAUGGCUUAUGCUGUGAUAACCGAGCCUGCUGUAGUCGAUAACCCGGAUAUCAGAAGCUACCAGCCUUACGUGUACGGACGUUGCGAUCCACCAGCAUUGAUCCCUUUGCAUAUGGUUGGUGCCACGACUUUGGAUGUUGAGUGUUGGUUGGAUACUGCGUUUGUUACGUUUACUGCUACGUGGCGCGUUCAUUGCCUAGCGUCCAAUGCGUUGUGUGAUUGUCGUAUCGCCAUUCCCAUGGGUGACCAGGGUUCGGUUCUAGGUGUUGAGGUUGAGACCAACAUAAGAUCAUAUUAUACCCAGCUUAUAACACCUGAAGAUGAAAAAGACGACGAGCAAGACACCACAAAAGACGGUUUCUUAAUGAAAGGGAAUACAUACACUUUUCAAAUCUUGCAGGUUGAAGGAGGGUCCAAUGUAAGUGUCAAAGUUAGAUGGUCUCAGAAAAUGUCAUAUCAAGGUGAUGAUUUCUGUCUCAGCGUGCCAUUAUCUUUUCCAGCUCAUGUAAAUCCGGUGUUCAAGAAAAUACCUUGCAGAGAAAAAAUACUGCUAACUGUGAAUUCUGGUACCUCUGCGGAGAUUACAUGCAACAUUGCUAGCCAUCCUUUAAAGGAACUAAAACGACAUGCUGGGCAAAUAUGCUAUUCCUAUGAGGCCGAGGUUGUCAAGUGGUCUUCUCAUGAUUUCUAUUUUUCUUAUUCGGUACACUCAAAUGAUAUAUUUGGUGGUUUGCUCCUUCAGGCUUCAUCUUUACAUGAUUAUGAUCAAAGAGAUAUGUUUUGCUUUUAUCUUUUUCCUGGAAGUAACCGAACCAUGAAGGCUUUCAGAAAGGAAGUGGUGUUUGUAAUCGAUACAAGUGGCAGCAUGCGAGAUGUGCCUCUUGAGAAAACAAAAUAUGAAAUUGUAGGAUCUCUAUGGAAGCUUAAUCAAGGAGAUUCUUUUAACAUUGUAGCAUCGAAUGGAGAACUUAAAACAUUCUCUUCAUCAUUGGUGGUGGCAUCAGAGGAAACAAUUACGGAUGCAACUGAAUGGAUGGAUACAGAUCUCAUUGCUGAUGGAGGUACAAACCUCAUGCUUCCCCUAAAGCAGGCAAUUGACAUGGUUGGUAAAACCAAAAAUUCAAUUCCUUUCAUUUUUCUUAUCACCGAUGGGGCUGUUGAAGAUGAAAGGGAAAUAUGUAAUAUGAUGAAAGGUCACAUCAUGGACAGAGAGCUGAAUUCUCCACGAAUUUGCACGUUUGGCAUAGGUUCAUACUGCAAUCAUUAUUUCCUGCAACUGCUUGCAAGUAUUGGAAAGGGAUACUAUGAUUUUGCAUUUGAUGUGGAUUCAAUCAGCAUUCGUAUGCAAAGGCUGUUUGACAAUGCUACAUCACCUAUGUUGUCAAAUGUAACCCUUGAUUCCUUACAAAAUCUCGAGUCAUACGAGAUAUUCCCAUCUCGUCUUCCAGACUUACUGUCUAGAAGCCCGUUGAUUGUAUCAGGCAGAUACAAAGGGAAUUUCCCCAACAUUGUAACAGUUAGAGGUUUCUUGGGUGAUCUUAGCACUCAUGAGAUUGAUGUCGAAGUGAGAAAGGCUGUCGAUAUGCCUUUAGAAAGGGUAUGUGCAAGGAGGGAAAUCGCUAUGCUGACAGCACAAGCAUGGUUGUACCAAAAUGCAGAACUACAGGAGAAGGUUGCAAAAAUGAGCUUACAAAGAAGGGUUCCUUCUGAAUACACUCAUAUGAUUCUGAUUCAUCACGACAACUUAAAGCUAGCAAAUGAAUCAUAUCUACCAGAAGAGCUGCAGAAGCGUAACAAGUCGAAGAAUCAGAAGAAAAAGUACCUGAUAAAUCUAAUCGUUGGAUUUGGUAAUUUGACCGCGACUGCUGAGAAUCUACCUCCAGGAAUUGAAGAAUUAAAGUUAAGUGAACCAGCUGCAGGAAAGGUACUGCAGGCAGUUUCCUCUUGCUGGACCAUCUUUCUUGAUCGAGUUUGUUGCAAAUGCUUCAUCCAGGCAUGUGAUCAACUAAACGACCAAUGUGCCAUUAUAUUAACACAACUAUGCACCGCCCUCGCUUGCUUUCAAUGUCUAAGCCACUGUUGCGACAUGUGUGAUUCGUGCGCUGAGAUGUGCUUAAAUUGCCUUUAGAAAGUCCAUCAUAAGAACUUAUGUAUGUUUAAACAUGUACCAAUACAUAUAUGUAUUGGUAAAAUUUAUGCCUAAAUAUACAUGUACGAUAUGUGUAUUUUAGUAAUUCUUUGUUCUCCAUCUGCGCUUGUAAUUUGCCAUAUGGAAUGACAUUCUAUCUAGCCAUAGGUACAUUUAUGCAUGAAUGGACAUAUACAUUUUUUUA